CACCAACUUCUGCCUUUGGGUCUGUUUAGCCUGGAGAAGAGGAGACUGAGAAGAGAGAGGAUGGCCGUCUCCCCAAUAUCUCCCCAUGGAAGAGGGAGCAGGCUUGUUUUCUCCUGCUGCUAGAGGGUAGGACUCGAACCCAUGGCUUCACUUCUCUUGAAUUAUUAUUAUUUUCCCGCAACAGGGAGUGUGGACUCAUCCAAAACGCUGAAUGGGGCGACAGCUGCCGAGAGUGAUGGGGCAUUUCAGAGAUGCAAGAGAUUGGAACCCGACACCUCGAAGUGGUUCGGAGGAAUGCAAGAUUGUACCACUUGCUUCCGGGAAUACCACAUGUGGCAACCUUGCCACCUCACGGCCAGGCCAAAGGGAUCCGUCACCCUGACCUGCACCUUCAACUACACCUGGGAGGUGAAAGAGACGGCCGAGGUGUAUUGGCGCUUAGGGAACUUUCACGGAGAGUUCAUCUUCAACCACACCCACGACCCCACCCAGAGGUUCACCCACCCGAACUACACAGGGCGGGUGUCUCUGGUCGGGGACGUGUCAAAGAGGCUUGAUGCGUCAAUCCAGAUCGAGAAUCUGCAGGAGUCGGACUCCAACCUAUAUUUCUGCCGCGUCUCUGUGCAGACGGUUCACAACGGUGAGAAGCACUGGCGAAACAUCGAGGGGACAAACCUCACGGUCACAGGUCCUCCGAUGCCGGACCCCCCCAGCGUCAACCUCGUGGCUCUGGUGGCCGGGGCAGUCGUUGCAGCUGCUGUCGCUCUGGGCUUGCUGGCGUUCGUCGCCUGGAGAAAAGGUUGCUGCCCAAAGUGCCCCAAAAGGAGGAGAGCAUCGCCCCAGAGCAAGGAGAAGCCAGAGGAGAGAGAAUACGAGGAGUUUCCCAUCGAAGGUCCAAAAGCCCCUCCUCCUGCCUCCCCCCAGCCUCCUGCUCGUGCGCCACCACCGCUUGCCCCCAAAGACUCUGGCGGCCUCCUGUAUGCGGACUUGAACUUGGCCGCAGGCAGAGGGAAGAAGAUGCCCUCGCCGAUGCCCGAGGGAGAGAGCACCUACGCCAUCCUUCGCCACUGAGAGGGGGGCAAUGGACGCCUGGGGGCGGUAGCAUUUCUUGAGCUGCCUCCCGCCCCCUUCUACCCCUAGCCCCCUCUUCCGCUUGCUUCUCCCUCUCCCAGGUGGGAGCUAGCGACCUCCCUUGCAGGAUCGGGCUCCCUGAGCGGAGAUGGCCUUCUGGCUGCAAAGGGAGCUUGUUGAAGCUGGCCUGCUCUGCAGGGAUGUCGUGAGGAGCCCUGAGACAACCGGAGGGGUGGCUGCCCUGUAAACGCUCCCCCCUCUGCUGCUAGCCAACUGCCCCCGAAUAAUGCCCAAAUUAUGGGAGCGAAUAUGGAAGGUUAUUGCAAUAUGGGAUCACAGCCGCAAGAGAUGCGCAGAGAUGGAAAGAGAGCUCAGUCAGUAGAGCCUGAGACCCUUGACCUCCAGGUGGUGGGCUCGAGCCCCACAUGCGGCAGAAGAAUCCUGCACUGCAGGGGGCUGGAUUAGAUGAUCCCUGUGGACUGUGGUCCCUUCCAACGUUGUGAUUCGAUGACCUAUGACUUAACUCCUGGGGAAGAACAGUUUCUGAAAUUUAGGGAUUUGGCAGCGAUGGCCAAGUUGACUUUCUCAAUUAGAGGGAAAAACAUGGUUGCAUUUAUUAAUGAUUGGAAACCCCUUACGGACUUCCUGUGCGAAAAAGGAAACCAAGCUUGCGGUUAAUGGGUUUGAAGACUGAAACGUUUGGGUUACGGAAAGUAGAAAAGUUGAACGUUAUUAUGGAAUAAGAGUUCUGCAGUUUCUAAAGCUGGUAGUUAGAAUCGGAAGUCUUUGCCUUUCCUUCUGUAUUUUCUCUCUUUUGGUUGUUGUUGUAAAAAAAAGUGCUUGCUAUUAGAUGUUGAUUUCUGUAUGUUGUUUUUCCUUCCGUUUUUCAAGCUUU